UGGUCGAUCUCCUCACUGAACGCCUGUCGCUCACAUAGAAUGGUAGAAGAUUUCUUCAGCUGAUAUCCAGCAACAACCCUCAAACAUCCGCCAUGGUUCUGGAAACGUCCAUCAGUCAAAACUCCCCUGUGGAGAUCAAAAGUGUGAUGAAGGCGACUGUGGAGUCAGUGCAGUCUGCCCUCAAGCACCUGGACUUGGGCGUCAAGGAAGCAGCGGCCAUGAAACCUGCGUGCGUUCAAGGCGACCUCGACCAACUCAGUGCCAAAGUUCAGGCAUUCGUCAAUGAGGGCAUCGCUCUGUGCCAGCCGUCUAAAAUCCACAUCGUGGAUGGCUCUGAGCGGGAGAUGCGCAACCUGCUGAACGUCAUGCAGCAAUGCGGGAUGAUCGAGUACCUGCCCAAGUACCGCAACUGUUAUCUGGCAAAGACUGAUCCGCUGCUGAACACAAAGGCAAGGAAAUCAUGCACGAUCCUUUUGCAAUGA